GGUUUUCACAGGAGGUGGCUAGUUUAGCUAGCUAGGUAGAACCGGGUAGUGACACAGCGGCGGUAUCAGAAUGUCAGAAGGGGACAGUGCUGGGGAGUCAGUCCAUGGCAAACCAUCAGUAGUUGCUGCCUUUUUCACAGGGAUUGGACAGGUCUAUCAGUCAUGGCUAGACAAGUCAACACCGUUCUAUGCAGUGCGAUGGGCAGCCACUCUACUACUUACUGCUGUCUACAUGAUCAGAGUGUACAUACUACAGGGUUGGUAUAUAGUAACAUAUGCUUUGGGAAUCUACCAUCUCAACCUGUUCAUUGCUUUUCUAUCGCCAAAAGUGGAUCCUUCACUGCUUGAUGAAGAUGAGGGCCCAUCCCUUCCAACCAAGCAGAACGAGGAGUUCCGCCCUUUCAUCAGGAGGCUGCCUGAAUUCAAAUUCUGGCACUCAGCGACAAAAGGCAUCGUCAUCGCCAUGAUUUGCACAUUUUUUGAAGCCUUCAAUGUGCCAGUGUUUUGGCCCAUACUUGUAAUGUACUUCAUCAUGCUCUUUUGCAUCACCAUGAAGCGGCAGAUUAAGCAUAUGGUCAAGUACAGAUACCUACCCUUCACACACGGGAAGAGGACAUACAAAGGCAAGGAAGACACAGGGAAAACUUUUGCUAGUUAAAAACUCCCACUUACCCUUCCUACCUUUCUCAUUUAAGAUUUAUUGGUCACAGCUAGUGGGGGAGUGACGAGGGGUUAGAGAUUUAUUUUCUUUUUUGUAAGCUGGACAGUCACAUGGAAACAUAACGUGAAAAAACAAAAACAAAAACAAAAAAAAAAGAGUUUUGAUCCAGGGUUCACAGUGUUGGAUGAGGAUACAAGUAGCACGGAUCAAAUUAGGCUGGGGAUAUUGCCUUUGUCUAUUAAGGAUUAUUUUUGGGUUUUUUUUGAUGAUUGGUUCUGCAAUUAUUCAGUAGUAGGUGAGACUAAGUGCUGCCUUUUGCCUUUUUAACCUGAUUGGGUAAGUAUAAAGCCACCAAGAAAGAACCUCACUCAAACAAAUUUGCAGUAAAAUGUGUGAUUUUUUUGUUUUUUUAAUUUAAUUUUUUUUGUUCAAUGAUGGUGAUAUCAUACAUCUCUCUCUCCCACGUCUGCCAACUUUUGAUUAUUAUAUUGUUCCUACUUAUUUGUAACAAGUUAUAUAUUGAAAGUAAAGUUAGUAGCAAAAGAACGUGACUAGAUGUAAGGUGAAAUCUGACGACAAUGCAACUGAUUUCAAGUUGAAUCAUUUCACUCUUGUAGUAAAAAUGUGCUGCUGCUCUGACUUAGUGUCUCAGUCCUCUGUACUAGACGAAGGCACUUAGGAGAAGUUGGUUACAUUUCACUUGAAUAUGCAUUCAUAGCAAGCCGAGAAACAACCAUCGGAAUUUAAUCUCUAAUGAUCGACACGAAUAAUUUUUGAUUGUUUGCCUUCAAUUGGCUACUCAUGUAAUCCUGAUUCUCACUUGCACCUGAUUGUCUUUCAUUUGAAUCUUCACCAACCCACAACAUAAUUGAAUGCAUAAGUCAAGGAGGGUGUCACUAAUCCCAGCUAAUUUAGUCUCCCGUAGCCUGUAGUCUGCGGCUUAAUUCAAAUCAGUUCUUUCCACGUUUGCGCCUUUGUAGAAUUUAACGAAUACACGGGAUACUGUGAUGAUGAGCACCUCCGUAAACCAAAUUUUUAACAUCAUUUUCAGAGGGGCAUCAUUUAGCUUGAAAUGUUUAAUGAAGUUGCUUUAGCUCAGAUUUGUUUGAUGCCAUUUUGUUGAAAUUAUUCAAAACAUGCUGUGUCUUUAAAGAGCACAGCCAGUAUUCAAGUCCACUUCAUAACAUGGCAAAUUUGGGAUAACCAUCGAGCAGAGUUUACUCCAAUGACCUUUUUUUCUUUGACCUUCAAAGACGGAGGUCUAUUUGGUUUGUGUAGACUAGCUGUUGUAGUCCUUUAUAAUCUGUGUUUACUUUAAAAGAAAAUAAAGAAAAGUCAUGGUAAAUAGUCAUUCCAAGCAAA